UGAGUGUUUCUGUUUGUUGAGGGCGUAGCCAAUGGGCGGCUUGCGUUGUUAGCGCGCGCCUUCCGGACCGUCGCUCUCGUCGCAGUCGCCUUCAACUUGAAGGUGUUACUGGGCCGCAGCCUCGUAGUCUAGUGACUAGUUUCUUGCUCGGCCUCCUGGAGCUGUGGCCCGUGUGGAUUUCCACCUCAGACCUCUGCGCGAGCUCAGCGGGGCCGGAAGAUGGCUGCCUCGGGUCUGGAUCACCUCAAAAAUGACUACAGAAGAAGAUUUUGUCGACCUUCCAGGGCACGGAACAUUAACACAGAGCAAGGCCAGAAUGUUCUGGAAAUCUUACAAGACUGUUUUGAAGAAAAAAGUCUUGCCAAUGAUUUUAGUACAAAUUCUAUAAAAUCAGUGCUUUAUUCAACACCCAAAAUAAAAGACACUUGUAUUCAGUCACCAAGCAAAGAGAAAUCACAUCCAAAGUCAGUUCCAAUUUCUUCAAGGAAGAAAGAAGCCUCUCUGCAGUUUAUUGUAGAACCAAGUGAAGUCACCAACAGAUCAGUUCAGGCCAAUGAAGUUCAUCGGAAAAUUCUGGCAACUGAUGUUAGUUCCAAAAAUACAUCUGACUCGAAAAAAAUGUCAAGUAGAAACAUAAAUGAUCAUCACAGUGAAGCUGAUGAAGAAUUUUACUUAUCUGUUGGCUCACCUUCUGUUCUUUUGGAUGCAAAAACAUCUGUAUCACAAAAUGUUAUUUCCUCUAGUGCCCAAAAGAGAAAGACUUACACUUUUGAAAAUUCAGUAAAUAUGCCGCCUUCAAGUACAGAGGUUUCACUUAAAACCAAAAAAAGGUUAAACUUUGAAGAUAAAGUUAUUUUAAGGAAAAUAGAAAUAGAUAAUAAAGUAUCAGAUGAAGAGGAUAAAACAUCAGAAGGACAAGAAAGGCAACCAUCAGGAUCAUCUCAAAAUAGAAUGCAAGAUUCAGAAUGUGAAAUUCAACCACAAGCUAAAAGUUUUUCAACAUUGUUUUUAGAAACGAUAAAACGAAAAAGUGAAUCCAGUCCCAUUGUUAGGCAUGCGACAACUGCUGUACCUCAUUCAUGCCCUCCAGAUGAUAAGGAGUUGAUAGAGGAUGAAUUUAUAAUAGACGAGUCAGAUAAAAGUUUUGCCAGUAGAUCUUGGAUUACAAUACCAAGAAAGCCAGGGCCUCUGAAACAACGCAUAACAUCUCCGGCUGAGAGUACUACAGUCCUUCAAGGUAGAAAGUCAAGAGAAAAACAUCAUAAUAUAUCAUCUAAGACUUUGACAAAUGACAAACAUUCCCAGAAAGCUCACUCAGUAGAGACAUCUCAGCCCUCUGAUGAAACAGUACUGGAUACAAGUAAUGCUUUGACAGGUGAAAUGGUAAAUGACUGUAGAUCUACAAAAUAUGAAAUGUAUUCUGAGAAUGCAAAAAAAUCAUCUGGAAGCAAAAGAACUAUAAAACAAAAACAGAAAAGAAAAUUUAAGGCUAAACUAGCUAAAGAACAGCUUGACGUGGGACAGUCUAAAGAUGAAAACAUGUAUACAUCACAUACUACCCAAGACAAAUUUCAAAGAAAUUCAGACAGAAAUAUGGAAGAGCGUGAAGAGAUGGGAAAUGAUCGUGCUUCCAAAAAACAAAUGUCACCUUUGGGAAGCAAGAAAAGUAGUCCUAGAAAAGAUAAGGAAGAAUCUAAAAAGGGGCACCUUUCCAGUGAGUCCAAGGACAGACUUGUACCUGAAGAAGUGACUUCAACUGUCAGAAGAAGUCGAAGAAUUUCCAGACGUCCAUCUAAUUGGUGGGUGGUAAAAUCAGAGGAGAGUCCUGUUUAUAGCAAUUCUUCAAUAAGAAAUGAAUUAGCAGUGCAUCAUGACAGUAGGCAAAAAUCUGCGAAGAAAACAAAUCAGUCAUCUAAGAAUAUUAGAAAAAAAACUACUCCACUUAAAAGGCAGAAGACAGCAACUAAAGGCAGCCCAAGAGUACAGAAGGUUUUAAAUGCUAAAGGUUCUGGAGGUAUUGUUGAUCAUGAUGAAAUUUCCAGUUGUCCUCAGAGUGAGCCAUUGGAAAGUGAUGAGGCAGACUUGCUUAAGAAGAAAAAGCUUGAUUGUUCUAGAUCUACAGGAAGCUCAAAGAAUCAAGAUGAUAUUAUGACUGCACAGAAUGUUUCUCUAAAGCCUCAGACGUAUGGAUAUACAUGUAAGACACCAACAGAGUCAAACUUGGAUUCUGAAGAGCAUAAGACUUCAAUUUUAGAGGAAAGUGGACCUUCCACGCUCAAGAAUUAUUUAAUGUCUGGAAAGAAGAAUAAUGAUGUAGAUGAUGAGGAAGUUCAUGGAAGUUUAGAUGACUCAAGAGUAAAACUAUCUAAAGUGAUACCAAAGAACAGAAUCCAUCACAAAUUAGUAUUGCCCUCCAACACACCAAAUGUUCGCAGGACCAAGAGAAUACGUUUGAAACCUUUGGAGUACUGGCGAGGGGAGCGAAUAGAUUAUCAAGGAAGGCCAUCAGGAGGAUUUGUGGUUAGUGGAAUACUCUCUCCAGACACAGUACCAUCUAAAAGGAAGGCAAAAGAAAACGUUGGAAAAGUCAACAAAGGAGCUAAUAAGAAAAGGAUCUGUCUUGAUAACGAUGAAAGAAAGACUAGCUUAAUGGUAAAUCUAGAUAUACCUCUUGGAGAUCCUUUGCAGCCAACGAGUGUAAAGGACCCAGAAACAAGAGAGAUUAUUCUUCUGGAUCUUAUAAGGCCACGAGAUACGUAUCAAUUUUUUGUUAAGCAUGGUGAGUUGAAGGUAUAUAAGACAUUGGAUACACCUUUUUUUUCUACUGGGAAAUUGAUAUUAGGACCACAAGAAGAAAAGGGAAAGCAGCAUGUUGGCCAGGAUGUAUUGGUUUUUUAUGUUAACUUUGGAGACCUUUUGUGUACUUUACAUGAAACACCUUAUAUAAUAAGUACUGGGGAUUCAUUCUAUGUUCCUUCAGGUAACUAUUAUAACAUCAAAAAUCUCCUGAAUGAGGAAAGUGUUCUUCUUUUUACUCAGAUAAAAAGAUGAAAGAUAAACCAAGCUUAAAUGUAUGUGUGUAUAUAUGUAUAUGUAAAAACAGUUUGUAUAGUUGGGAAAUUUAUCUUUGAUGACACAUUAUGUUUUAAAAUAAAAAUUUUAUUCAUUUUUCUGUA